UCGAUUUUAAGAUCAGGUUCCUGUACGAAUUAACUAUCGAAAAAGGUAGCAGGUAGUAAUGUUUUCAGUCACCGUGCCGUGUUGCUGCGAAUAAUCCUGCUAAAAUGUGUAAAAUUAUUGCCGCACUUGUUAGUUUGUUCGUAACAAUUUACGGACAGGAUUUUAUAUCACCCUGCCCGGAAGUGUUUAGAUAUGUUGCAAUAAACGAAACUAACAGAUGGUACGGAGAAGUUACUCUCACGACGGAUGUGGAACUACACGAUGGAGUUUGGCUUAUUUUGGUCUUCGACAAACCCGCCCUUCAAGUCGAGAGUAACUUUGGACAAAAACACCUACGACUUAAAGAAACCGAGUAUCUAUUAAGAACCUUGGGUAUUAGAUUAAUGCCAGAAGCACCAUUAAAAGUGAACUUCGCCGUACGGUACGACCCGAAACUGCCCACGCCCAAAUUCGCAGGAUUUAGGAUUAACACACGCCCCUCAUGUCCACCGCCUAAACGACGUCAAAGUACCACCGAAAGUACUUUUGUAACCAGUGAGGACUUGCCUAAGCCGUUUGUCACCAGUGAUGAAUUACCUACUGAGGACCAUGAUGUGUUUAUUACUAGUGAGGAACUACCACCUGGUGGUGGUGACAAUUUCGUGACAAGUGAGGAGUUGCCUAGUACCACCUACAAAAUACCAUACCUCCAUGACUCUAUCGACGUGAUAACCACUUUCAAACUGGACAACAUUUUAAAUACAGCCCCCAACGCCACCUAUUUCCCCGGAGACAUUGCCUUUGCUACAGUCCACAGUGAGCCAACUCUUCUCUCGAGUUUCAACAGGAAUCAAAACGUCAAAUGCGGCACCAUCGUACCACAGAAACCACCUGCCAAAACAUCAAUCUAUCCAUGGCACGUCGUACUGUUCAACUUCGUUGGAGCCCAAAUCCUGUACAACUGCGGCGGCACCCUCAUCUCCGACAAGCACGUCCUGACAGCAGCCCACUGCGUCUCCAGACCCAGAUCCACCAUCCCCGUUGAACUGGACAUCCUGUCCGUCUUCCUGGGCAAACAGAACCUCAAGUCCUUCAACGGGGACGUGCAGGUCAAGGAAGUGUCGGCCAUCAACCUGCAUCCGGGCUACAACUCGAGCCUGCUCUUCAACGACAUCGCCGUCAUCACCUUAGCCACCCCGGUUGUGUUCACCGACUUCGUGAGGCCCGUUUGUCUCUGGGAGGGGAGUUUGGACGUUGUGGGGCGGACGGGGGUGGCCGUGGGCUUCGGCUUCGACAUGGUGGGUCAGGUUUCCUUCGACCUGCGGGGGGUUCCCAUGCCUAUUCUGUCGCAGCAGCAUUGCAUGUUAAAGGGUCCUUUGUUUCCUAUCGUUUUGUUCGAGAAAAAUUACUGUGCUGGAUUCGUCAAUGAUGAGAUGAAGUGUAAUGGAGAUUCUGGCGGCGGUAUGAUAUUUCCAAAGUCGAAUGUAAGCGAAGAGGAUCCUGUUUGGCAGCUCAGAGGUUUGAUAUCGAUUGGAGUUGCCUUGCAAGGCCAGAUAACUUGCAAUAAUAUGAGAUAUGUCAUCUUUACAGAUGUUGCCAAACAUUUAGACUGGAUUAAGUCUGUUAUCAAAAGAAAUUAGAUUGCAAUACUAGACUAGAUUUUAAGUAGAA